AUGGCCAAACUCGUUGUGCCACCCGCAGACUCUCGAUUGGUGGCCAUUCUUAACCAAGUUUUGGACCAGAAAGUGCUCCACAAUGACGCGCUAUGGACACUGGAGUGUCUUCCAUUGCUCUUUUCAAGGCUAGAUGUCCUCCACAGCCUGGUCCGGGAAGCCCAAGUGGCAAAUGCAAAUACUCCCGACUCCAGAAUUGUCAACCACAUCUUCCACACGCUCACGAAGAUCCGUGGCCAUUUGGAAGACCACUUUCGGGAAGGUGCUCCGUUCACAGUUCAUCGUUUAAGUGAACUCAUUGUAGACCACGAUGGGAGCGGCUACCUGCUCACGACAGUCGUUCUGGCCCAGAAAUAUGUGCUGGCGUUGGCACGGACCGUCAUGGUGCUCUCCAAGGAGUCCGACUUCAGAAGCAUUGAACUUGGAAACAGGGCCGAAGGUGUUCGUCCAGAACGAGCUGGAGCAAAGGAACAUGAGAAGACAGGCAACGGAUUGCUUUCAAGUGAGUACAUUGUCAAAAUUGCUGGCAAUGGCUCAUCUGCUCUCGUAACUGAUGACUCGACCACCAAAUACAAUCAGACAAACAUGCAUCCACGAGAUUCGACUCCCGUGGCAUCUGCACAAGACUACGAGGAGUUUGACCUACCGACGAAUAUCCGCUUUGUCACCCUCCCAUGGGCCGAAACUACAGAAAAGACUGAGUCAGAAACAACUAACGAAACAUCGGUAAGUGUCUCCGUGCAAGACUUCGAUUUAGAUAAUAGUGUCAGUGGGGUUGAGGAUGUUGAAACGGAUAUUCCUGACGGUGUAAAAGAGGCCAAAACGCCACCUUCCAAACGCUUGAGAAUGUCUAAGUCUAAUAGCGUGAGUCCAGAAAAACAGCUGUUUCAGCUACUUAGUCCACUCCACAUGGACGGCAAGAUUGAGGAGAGCGAAUGUGCACAGCUGUACUUUGAGGAGAAGCUGUUGGACUACAAAGUGGACCGAACUGAACGGUAUAGUGAAGAGGUUCUGUUUUAG